AUGUCCCCCACUAUGUUCCUUUAUCUUCCCCAGGCGCGGCACUUGCAGUGCGCAGCCCCGUCAGUGAUUCUGACUGUUAAGGGGCGCAUGGUGCUGGAUGCGCGGGGGGAGCCCACGGUGGAGGCGGAGCGCGCAGCCCCGUCGGUGAUUCUGAGCGUCAAGGGGCGCAUGGUGCUGGAUGCGAGAGGGGAGCCCACAGUGGAGGCGGAGGUGGGCUCACACAGGGGCAAGUUCCGCGCCUCUGUUCCCACCGGCGUUACAUCUGGCAUCUAUGAAGCAGUGGAAGUGAGGGAUGGGGACGAGGGGGAAUUCUUCGGGAGGGGCGUGCAGCGGGCGGUGGGGAAUGUGAGUGAGGUGAUUGCAGCAGCGGUGGUGGGGAGGGACCCGCGCGAGCAGGGCGAGAUUGACCGGCUUAUGGCGGCCGAGCUUGAUCAGACAGACAACAAGGGCGAGCUUGGUGCCAAUGCUAUUCUCGCCGUGUCUCUGGCGGUGUGCCGGGCAGGCGCGGCAGAGAGAGAGCUGUCACUCCACGAGUACAUCGCCUCCCUGGCAGCGCUGCCCCACCCUUCUCUCCCCGUGCCUGAGUUCGCCCUCCUCUCGGGCGCCCUCACGCCCUCCUCUGCCGCCUCGCCCCCGUUCCAUUCACUCUCCAUUCUGCCAGUGGGAGCAUCCACAUUUGCAGAGGCUGUGCGGAUUGGAGCAGAGGUGCAGCACUGCUUGCAGGCACUUGCAGCAGAACGGUUUGGAGCAGCAGCAGCAGCGCUGGUGACUGACGAUGGCAGCUUGGGUCUGCCGCUCACAAGCAUAAGAGACGGUUUGCAGCUGCUGACGUCAGCAGUGGCAAAUGCAGGGCAUGCAGAGAAAGUGAAGAUCAGCAUUCACGCAGCGUUGGGUGGGCGUGUGACAGACGAAGGUCACUAUGACCUGGGCAUCCAGCAGCAGCAGCAGCAGCAGCUGGAUGGCAGCGGUGACAUCAGCAUGACAUCAGCCAACAACAGCAGCAGCAGUUUGGAGCAAGUGACCGUCCAGCAGCUCAUAGACGUGUACCAGCAGCUGUGCUCAGAGUUCCCCAUUGUGAGCAUAGAGGACCCGUUUGACCAGGAAGACUUUGACGCCACUCAAGCCCUCUCAGAGGCUGGGUUCACCCAGGUGGUGGGCAACGACCUGUUGGUCUCAAAUGCCAAGCGACUGGAGCAAGCCAUUGAGAGACGCACAUGCAGUGGCAUCGCCAUCAAG